AUGGAGAAAGCAGAGGUGGAGGAAAAGGUUACGCCUUUUCCGGUGGUGAACAGCAGUAGCUCCUCUAGCGGUUCCAGCACUCAUGAUACCAUCUCGCUGGCAUCCAACCAUGACGACAACGCCUCCUCACCAACACCACCCGACCAGCAAGAAUACGCUGUUGUGUCGUUCUCUCCUAACGACCCCGAGAACCCCUACAACUGGUCCAUGAAAAAGAAAUCCAUCCUGCUCCUCUGCGCUACCCUCACAUGCCUCAAUUCAACAAUGGGCUCCACCAUCGCCUCGGCCAACCUCUUCCCCCUCCUAUCUGCUGAAUUUCACGUCCCCGUCGGCCCCCAAUCUGUCCUCCCUGCCUCGCUCUACCUAAUGGGGUUCUGCUUCGGGCCUAUCAUUUUUGCGCCCUUGUCCGAAACCUACGGGAGGAAACCCAUUCUUGUGACGGGUUUCUUAUUGUUUGUGGCUAGCACGGCGGGGGCGUCUGUUGCGCCGAGUUGGUGGAGUUUUUUGUUGAUGAGGUUCUUGUGCGGGACUUUUGGGAGUCCGCCGUUGAGUGUGUUUGGGGGGGUUAUAGCUGAUUGCUUUGGGGAUGAGGUACAGCGGGGAAGGAUGUUGAUGGUUUGGAGUGCUUCUACGUUUGUGGGGCCUUUGGGGGCGCCAGUUUUGGGGGGUUUUGUGGGAGGGAUUUGGGGGUGGAGGUGGGUUUUUUGGAUCGCGUUGAUCUUUGCGGGAGUCACGCUGGCUUCAGUGUUGGCCAUCCCUGAGACGUUGGCGGCCAAGAUUUUGAAGAGGAAGGCGGAGAGGUUGAAUAAGGAGGAGCCGAGGGAGGAUGGGAGGAGGUGGGUGGCGCCGGCGGAGUUGAGUCAGAAGAGUGUCUUUGUCACUUUGAAAACAACCUUACUGCGCCCGUUGGAGUUGCUAUGUGGAGAGAUGGUGGUGGUUCUCACAUCUCUUUACAUCGGGUUUAUUUACUCGGUGUUCUACAUGAUGGUCCAGAUCUAUUACGCUAUUUUCGUGGGCGUGUACGGAUUCAGUCCUGGUGUUUCAGGGCUAUUGUUUACGAUCAUUGGUCUUGGAACUAUCAUCGGCUGCUUCAUCUGCUGGUGGUGCGACCCAGUCACUCUUCGGCUCAGCGCCAAACACCCUACAAAGAGAGCAGAGUACUUCCGGCUCCCUCUGGCCUGCAUUGGAGGCCCGUUUUUCGUCAUCUCAAUCCUGUGGAUUGGACUGUCUGCUCGGUCCGAUGUGCAUUGGGCGGUCCCCUUUAUCGCAACUGUGCCUUAUGGAAUUGCUUACAAUAUCAUGUGGGUAGCAAUGAUCAACUACGUUGCGGAUGCGUAUGGUAUCUACUCUGCCUCUGCCCUGGCGGCAUUGGGCACCACGCGUAGUGUUGCUGGUGCUCUCCUCCCACUCGCUAUCGAAGAUAUGCUCAAGGCUUUGGGUAUUGCCAAGUCUUGUGCGUUGCUUGCUGGUAUCAGUGCAGCUUUGGCAGCCGUUCCAUUGUGUUUUGUUGCUUAUGGUGAUAAGAUUCGUGCUGCUAGCAAGUUUUCCGCAGCACUCAAGAUUGAAGGACAGCGGGAGGAGGCAGCGUUGGGUCGGACUAUGAGCCAUAUAUCUGCUGUAUAG